AGUAGGUAAGUUACUGUUGUCACGAUAGGUUUUAUAAUUUGAGGAGUCUGAACGAUAGCCCAUCUUCAUGAGUAGUUUUCCACCACGACAGAAUUCAAUUAAUUGCUACAUACCCCUUGGAACUGGAAUAUCGAUUAUUCAUUAAUUUUAAAUACAAAAUUGAAUGAGACACUGAUUUUGUUCGCGGUACUAUACAAUAGAAAUAAAUUAAUAAUGUUUAAUUACCUUUUUAUCAGAUUGUGAAAGGAUUUUUUGAUAAACUUAUUUUGAUUUAUAGAGAUUAGCAGGCAUUUUAUCAAAACAUUCGCAAACGUGUUAGGUUGUAAAACUUUUGUUGACACAAAGGUUCUGUAUUUCAUUACGAAUAAACAUGAAGCCGGAUUAAAGGUGUACGAUGUUUUUUUUAAGAUAUCAUUUUGUUACUGCUAUUAUUCUUUCUUGUACGGCGAAAUUUGUAUCAUCGACCGAUGUACAUCGCAUCGUUGGUGGUGAUUAUGCACCACCAAAGUUCGGCCUGUUUCAUGCGUCGCUCCAAAAUGUCUCGGGUCACCAUGUCUGCGGUGGAGCUAUAGUAUCUAAAUGGCAUGUUGUAACUGCUGCUCAUUGCGUGAAAGAAGCACAACCUCGCUACAUUAAAAUUGUUGCCGGAACAGCAGACUUGGAUGCUGGCGGAAAAAGCUACGACACAUUUGCAGUAAACGUUUUCCGACAAUUCGAGUUCAUUAAAAGAAGUAACGAUGUUGCUCUUUUGACUAUUAACGGAGAAUUCGAUUUACUAAAAGUUACAGUCUUGAAGCCAAGCAAGGCAAUUUUGAAGGAAGACGAUCCAGUUACUUUGAUUGGUUUUGGCGCUAAAAAACCGCAUGGAGAAUCAAGUAGAGUUUUGCGAUACCUAAAUCUGUCUGUAUUUAAUCAACAAACAUGUAGAUAUGCGAUGAGAUACACCAGAAAUGUAACGGAAACCAUGUUUUGUACUUUUAAACGUAUCGGUCAAGGAACCUGUCACGGCGAUUCAGGAAGUCCCAUUACAAGAAAUAAUGAACUCGUCGGACUGGUGUCCUGGGGAAUACCAUGUGCUGUUGGGUUUCCCGACGUACACACCAGAAUAGCCCCGUAUAUUGACUGGAUCGAAACGGUUGUUCGAACUCACGUUUGCAAGUUAAAGUUGAUAGCAAAAGCUAAAAUCGCUUCAGAAAAACUCGGAUUACUUAAGUAGCUACAUCAAAGUUCUUAACUGUGAAUGUCUUUUGUUUUCUCUUCUGAAAUAAAUAUAUUUUUUCACUUCAAUAAAGAACUAAAAAAGUUAUUGUUUCAAAA